AUGGUCAAGUUCAUGUCCUUAUUCGUCGCAACCGCGAUAGUCCUUGCCGCCUCAGCCUCAGCCCAGACCAGUGCUCCUCCUCUCAAGUUCUCGGCGCUCGAUUUCCCUAACGAUGACCAGCCCUCUGACGGCGGCGACUGGGAUGGUGGUGACGGCCAGCCUGAGUGGCCUGGUGGCGACGAUGGCAAUGGAGAUGGAGGAGAACAGCCUGAAUGGCCUGGUGAAGACGAUGGUGAAGAUGAAGGAGGAGUGCAACCUGGGUGGCCUGGUGACAACGGUGGAAACGGAGGGCAGCCGAAUUGGCCUGGUCAACCUGGUGGUGAUGACGGUAGUGGUGGCGAUGGAGGAGGGUGGCCUGGUCAGCCCGGUGGUGGCGAUGAUGGUGAUGACGGCGGUCAACCUGACUGGCCGGGUCAGCCUGGGGAUGGCGAUGAAGGUGGCGAUGGUGGUGGCGAUGCUGGUGAUGAUGACGGUCUACCGGACUGGCCUGAUCAACCAGGAGAUGGCGAUGAAGGUGGCGACGGUGGCGACGAUGGUGGCGAUGGUGGCGACGAUGGUGGCGAUGGUGGCGAUGGUGGUGAUGAUGGUGGUGAUGAUGACGGUCUACCAGACUGGCCUGGUCAACCUGGAGAUGGCGAUGAAGGUGGAGAUGACGGCGGUGAUGACGGUGGUCAGCCAGACCAACCUGGAGAUGGCGAUGAAGGUGGAGAUGAUGGCGGUGAUGACGGUGGUAAGCCAGACCAACCUGGCGGUGGCGAUGGUGGUGAUGAUGACGGUCUACCGGACUGGCCUGAUCAACCAGGAGAUGGCGACGAUGGUGGCGAUGGUGGCGACGAUGGUGGUGAUGAUGGCAGUCAGCCAGAUCAACCUGGAGAUGGCGAUGAAGGUGGCGAUGGUGGCGAUGGUGGCGACGAUGGUGGUGAUGGUGGCGGUCAACCAGAUCAACCCGGUGGCGGCGACGGUGGAGAUGGUGGCGAUGGCAGCGGUGACCAGCAAUCGAUCCUGCAAACCCACAAUGACUACCGCGCUCGCCAUGGUGCUUCUCCUCUUACCUGGGACAAUACCCUUGCGCAGUUUGGAAGCAACUGGCUCCAGCAGCGGUGUCAGAUGCAACACAGCGGCGGCAAGUACGGAGAGAACUUGGCGGCCGGCUACAAGGACUUCAAGACCGGUAUUGACGCUUGGUACAACGAAGCCAGCAAGUACAACUAUGGCAGCGGAGGUUUUUCGAGCGCCACUGGCCAUUUCACGCAGGUCGUCUGGAAGGGGACGAAAAGAGUUGGGUGUGCGAAGAGGUUCUGCCCUGGAUCCAAUUGGACGGUUUAUAUCUGCAACUAUGAUCCUCCUGGUAAUGUGCAGGGCCAGUACCAGGAGAACGUGUCGCCUCCCUCCGGCGGUCGUGGUCGCAAAUAA